UUAGGCUAUUAUCGAUGACAUCGAUAUUCGACUCAAUCUGUCUGCUUCCACUGUGAACUUCCUGUUUACUUUUGUUUAUAAGAUGUUUUAAUGAAUUCUCCAGCCCACAGAAGUGGACAUCAGCACGUCAUCGAGGAGCCAAGACUGGUUCAAGGCUAUCCAAUGGUUUAUGCACCUGGUCAAGAGGCUGAAAACUGAAGACAAGAAAGAAUACAACCAGGACAGCAUCAGAGAGGCGCUGGCAGGCAUGCCCGUAUUGGAUGAGCUCUCGGAGAGCACAGAAGUGGUGGAGAUGGACGAUGUGAAUUCGACCCCCUUCCAGGUGCAAAAGCACACGUGGGCGGAUCUGCGAAAAAUCAUUCACGGGAGCCGCAAGAACAUGAGCUCGCUCGUCAGCAAGGCGCCGCACGACUUCUGCUUCGUACAGAAGAAGGACGAGGCCAGCCCGCAUUCCCAUCGCAUCUACUUCCUUGGCAUGCCAUACCCUAGGAGGGAAAACUCAUUACUCUACGCCGAUAUUCCCAGGAAGAUACGCAAAGAGGCCCUUCUUAUUCUGUCAUGGAAGCAUAUUCUGGAUCACUUUAAGACCAGCCCUCGCAACAAGACCAUCUCUCGGGAGGAGGAGCUUCUACGAGAGAGGAAGCGCUUGGGGGUGUCUGGCAUCACAUCCUAUGACUACCACCCAUCCAGGGGCCUCUUUCUGUUCCAGGCCAACAACAGUCUCUACUGGUGCUUUGAUGGUUUGAAAAAUGAAGCCGACGUGAGUUCCCAAAAGAUUCCCAUGGAUCCUUUUGAGAUAAUGACCCAGUGUUCAGGCACCCGCAUGGAUGCCAAAAUCUGCCCCACCGAUGAUGACGUCAUCAGCUUUAUCCACAAUAAUGACAUUUGGGUGACCAAUAUCAAGACGAAUGAAGAAAAAAGGCUCACCUUUUGUCAUAAAGGCAUUGACAAACCAAACGAGGAUGCCAAAACAGCCGGUGUUGCCUCUUUUGUCACUCAAGAAGAAUUUAACCGUUUCACGGCAUACUGGUGGCGUCCGGUUGCACAGCAUGAGUCAGAUGGCGGAAAAGCAAUACAGAUUCUCUAUGAGGAAGUUGAUGAGUCUGAGGUUGAUGUCAUCCACGUCCCAUCUCCAGCUCUGGAGGAGUGCAACACCGAUGUGUACCGAUAUCCACGUGCAGGCAGCAAGAAUCCGGCAAUUACUCUGAAAUUACUUCAAAUCAAGACUGACAGUCUCGGCAAAAUUAUCAGCACGCAGGAAAAGGAGCUGCCUGUGCCCUUCGCCACUUUGUUCCCCGGUGCUGAAUACAUCACUAGAGCUGGCUGGACUAAAGAUGGACGAUAUGCAUGGGCGGCCAUGAUGGACCGACGCCAGCAGCAUCUCCAGUUGGUCCUCUUGCCUCCUUCGCUUUUCAUCCCUGUGGACCACGACGAGACCACUGGGCCGCAGCGUCUGCAGCGCCUUGAUGCUCCGGGAGACACCGUUCACCCUCUCAUCAUUUACCAACAGACCAGUGACAUCUGGAUCAAUGUCCAUGAUAUCUUCCAUCCGUUCAUCCAAAGCAGCGACGAAGAGUUUACAUUCAUCACUGUAAACGAGUCCAAAACGGGGUUUUGCCACCUCUACAAGGUCACCGCUGUGUUAGAACGUGGCAGUUACAACUGGAACAGAGGAUACACACACUCUGCAGAUAAUUUCAAGUGUCCAAUCAAGGAGGAGGUGGCACUAACCAGUGGAGAGUGGGAGGUGUUGGCCACUCAAGGCGCAAAGCGGUCAUCCAAUCCUCAGAUUUGGGUGGACGAGAGAGACAAGCUGGUGUACUUCCAGGGAACCAAAGACUCACCGCUGGAGCAUCACUUGUACGUUGUGAGCUAUGAGUCUCCGGGGGAAAUUGUUCGACUCACAAAGCCUGGUUUCUCCCACAGCUGCUCUGUGAGCCAUACAUUUGACAUGUUUGUCAGCCACUACAGCAGCCUGACCAGCACACCCUGUGUUCAUGUCUACAAACUGAAUAGCAAAGACGACAACCCGCUGCACAAAGAGCCUGAGUUCUGGGCAAGUCUGAUGGAGCCCUCUGGCUACCCGCCCAAUUACACUCAUCCUGAGAUCUUUAGCUUCUUAGGGAAGUCUGGCUUCCAGAUUUACGGCCUCUUGUACAAACCAGACAACUUGGUCCCGGGGAGGAAAUAUCCCACAGUUGUCUUUGUCUACGGUGGCCCUCAGGUCCAGUUGGUGAAUAACUCGUAUAAGGGUGUGAAGUACCAGCAGCUAAGCAUACUAGCAAGUCUUGGUUACGCUGUGCUCAUCAUCGAUGGGCGGGGCUCCUGUCAGAGAGGACUCGAGUUUGAAGGAGCCGUGAAGGACAAAAUGGGUCAGGUGGAGAUCGAAGACCAGGUGGAAGGUUUGCACUAUGUGGCAGACAAGUACAAGUUUGUGGACUUGAAUCGCGUUGCCAUUCAUGGGUGGUCGUAUGGGGGCUUCCUCUCGCUCAUGGGCCUCAUUCACAGACCCGAUAUCUUCAAGGUUUCCAUCGCGGGUGCACCGGUGACUUUGUGGAUGGCGUACGACACCGGUUACACCGAGCGGUACUUGGGCACCCCCGAAAACAACCAAGUGGGCUACGAGGCCUGCUCUGUUGCCCUGCAUGUCAACAAGUUCCCUAAUGAACCAAACAGGCUACUGAUCCUGCAUGGGUUUCUCGACGAGAAUGUGCACUUUUUUCACACCAACUUCCUGGUGUCCCAACUUAUCCGGGCAGGGAAACCAUACAACCUUCAGGUGUACCCCAAUGAACGCCACAGCAUUAGGUGUCCAGAGUCUGGAGAACACUACGAGAUCACGCUGCUCCACUUCCUCCAGCAGAACCUCUGAACCUUGUCUGCAGUUUUCACUUUGCUGACUUUCCACCAGGGGGCAGCUGCUUUGCAUUCUGGUUAGUUCUGGUCAUUAUAUGGAUUUUGGUGAGCUCGUCAUUUUUCCUUUAUUUACGGUAGCUUUUCUAAAAAUCUGUCAUGCAACUAAAUAUUUAUAAUUUUUUUUUUAUGUUAAAAUGACAAAAACACAGGCGAAAAGAUAUUUGUUCCCCUUUUUGUUCCCCGGCGUACUUUAAAGGAGACGUAACAGUGCUGUGGAGAAGUAAUUGGAAAAGAUACAUAGAAACAUUUAGGACAUUUUCAUCAAUUUCCAUUAUAUUGUAACCCGGUAUAAGUUAUUGUUAUUGUUUCAAAUUAUUAUUAUUACCAAAGAUUAUCUCACAGGUGAUCGAAUCAAACACAUGUAACAUGUAACAAGCAGGAUGUGUAAAACACAUGCCACUUUUUUUUUUUUAAUUAUGACAUUAUAUUGCUUUGUAUUUGUGCCUGAUGGCCAUAAACUGUAAAUAUAUUGAUUGACUUUGUUCUUAAAGGGAUUUAUGGUAUGUUAAACUCCACAUUGUGUUUUUUUUUUUUUUUCAUAAAGCAUUAGUGCAGGGGUCUCAAACUCAAUUUACUUGGGGGCCACUGGAGCUCGGGUCUGGGUGAGAUUGGGCCGCAUCAGGUUUCCCCCCCCCAAAAAAACAAAAAAAAUUAAAAAACUUCGCUUUGGUUCCAAUUUUCUACAAGAAAAGCUCUGAUCUUAAUUUUUAUUUUUCUACACAAAAUAAGAUGAAAAAUAAAUAAACAAAUCAAGAAUAAAGAAAAUCAAUCAAUCAGUAAUAAAUAAAUAUAAUAAUAAUAAUAAAACGGCAAAUAAUAAAAACUUAAGAAACCACAUAUAGUUGGUGGGUAGACAAAUUAUUUUUUUCAGAUUAAAAUGAACAAAGCAUUAUUAGAGCCCUGUAGACAUGACAAAACACGACUAUAGU